AUGCAAGCACAGCCAACCCCCAACAUCCCAGUUAGCGAGUUCUACUGGACUCUCCUCCACAAAGCCGACAAAAAAUUCUCCAAAAUUCGAGAGCUCCCUUAUUACCAUCGCAACAGGCACGAGUACGAUGCUUACUUCUACAAGGUCUUCAAGGUGUACACGCAGCUAUGGAAGUUCCAGCAAGAAAAUCGCCAAAAGCUCGUGGAGGCCGGUCUUCGUCGAUCGGAGAUCGGCGAGAUCGCAUCGCGAAUCGCUCAGCUAUACUUGGGCCAGUACAUGCGGACCAGCGAGGCCAGCUACCUCUCCGAGGCUUACAUAUUCUACGAGGCGAUUUUGAGCAGAGAAUACUUUAAGGAGGGCAUGUUUCAGGACCUGGGCUUGGCCAGCAAGCAGCUCAGGUUCAUUUCUAGGUUUCUCAUGGUCUGCUUGCUUUUGAAUCGGCGGGAGAUGGUGCAGCAGCUGCUUAAUCAGCUCAGAGUCUUGGUUGAUGAGUGCAAGAGGACCUUCCAGGAAACUGAUUUUAAAGAAUGGAAGCUGGUGAUUCAGGAAAUAGUUAGAUUUUUGAAAGCUGACACAGCUUUUAUGAAUAUCAGGCCUUUGAGGUAUAGUCUUGUCCUAGACUGUCAUCCAGAUUCCUUACCACAUGUUUCCACAUCAGUUGCAAAGAGGUCUUUGAGACUACGAGAUGCGAUACUGAGCAGCUACCAUCAUAAUGAGGUAAAGUUUUCAGAGCUCACUCUUGACACUUUUAGGAUGCUUCAGUGUCUGGAGUGGGAACCUAGUGGCUCAUUUUACCAGUCAAGUGGUGCUAAAAAUGGUCAGAAUGGGGCACCAGCGUCCAGCCGCAUUAACUACUCCCAGGAUAUUGCUGAUCCUACCCUGCCACCAAACCCACGAAAAGCUGUCUUAUAUCGUCCUUCUGUUACCCAUUUUCUAGCAGUUUUGGCCACAGUUUGUGAGGAGCUUCCCCCUGAUGGAGUUAUCUUGAUAUAUCUGUCAGCUUCAGGUGCUGGAAUGUACUCAGAUGCGACCUCCCCUUCUACGUUGGCUUAUCCAUCUGAUAGACUAAACCCUUCUCGCGGACAAAGCAAAGGAGAUGGCUCAAGCUUUCAAGCGGGUUGUUUACAGUUUGGUACCCAUGGAAAUGGAGGAAUGAAUAGCAUUUAUCCUAGUGACUUGGUUCCAUUUACAAGAAGACCACUUUUUCUAGUCAUUGACUCUGACAACAGUGAAGCUUUUGAGGCCAUAAAUGGAGUACAAAAAGGUGAAACACCUGCAAUGCUCCUAUCUUCUAGUUCUUCAUAUCACAUUGCUGCUAUUGGUUCCUCUCGUCAGUCAAGUGGAAGCCUGUUCACUAUUUUCCUCACAGCUCCUUUGCAGGCUUUCUGUUUAUUGCUCGGUAUUUCAGGAUCUGACAUUGACCUGGAUACAUAUAACAAGGCCGAGAAGCUUCUUUCCAGUUCAUUUAGUGACUGGGGGUCUACUUUGGUGACAUCAGACACUAUUGAUCCUGUUUGGGCACAGAUUUUGAGUGACCCAUUCCUAAGGCGACUCCUUUUGCGGUUCCUAUUUUGUCGGGCAGCGCUAUCACUCUAUGCUCCAACUUUCAAUAAGAAGGAAUUUAUUCCCAAAUGUAUACCAUGUCUUCCAGUGUCUGUCCUGCCAACGACAGCAGCAUGUCAAACUGUAAUUUUGCAGAUAGCGAAUUUCUUUGGAGCCACAGGCAAGUUCAUCUUUUCAGAGGGACUUGAACUCCCAGAAAAUAGACAGGGUGACUCGGAAUCAAUGUCAUCUUGA